AUUUAAACGUCAAAUAAAAACAACAAACAAUGGCUCAACGACCGUUGCUACAUUGAAUUUUCUUAUUGCAAUUUUCUUUACCCGAAUUUAUUCGCAUAUACAGAAAAUUAUUUAAAUUACAAUUACGGACAAUGAAUGCGUUAAAUGAUAUAAGUGAUGAUGAAUUCGUGCCAUUCCUUCAUAGUUUACAAGUGGAUACAUUUAAGAAAUCAUUUGAAUGGAUGUUAAACGAUCCCGCGUUCGCCGGUGUUUUGCGGUGGCUUUACAAUAAUUUGGACCAUAACAAUGUCCUGAGUGCACGGGAAGAUUAUAGAUACACAGUUAUUGAGAAAAAGGGUCAACUGCUUUCACCAGAAGAACUAGAGUCAUCUAUUACUUCUGUAUUGGAAGAAUUCCCAGGCAUCUGUUUACCGGGAGACAAGGAAGGUAUAGAAGAAGUCAAAACUGACAUUGAAAUGCAGAAUGAGAGGCUGGACUUGUUGGAAAAACAAAUUGUAGUCAUUGAAGAGUUAGUCAAACAGAAUGAACUCAUAAAAGAGCAACUCAAUUUGGAAGUGACCAAACUCCAUGCUGCCGAGCAGCAGUGCAAAGAUGAUGAGUCCUCAGCCGCUGAGGAGUGCCUCCGGCUUUCUGAGGAUGUGGAGAAUAUCACUGAGGGUGUAAUAGAUACAAUUGCUGAUACCUUAGAACUGUACAGUAAUUGUCACAUUGAUAAGGAUGUAGCCAGGAGAUUCUUCACAUUUGGUCCGUUCGAGUCGUACAGACAGUCGCAAGCAUUGUUCAGAUCACAUUUUGAUCUCUACACCUCUAAGAAGUUCAGCAAGAAACGCAAGGAUGUCCUCACAGACGAAGAUAUACGUAUAGCGUUAAUGGAAGCUAAGAAUAUGGAACAGAAGCUGGUAGUGGCGGCGCAGCUUUAUAUCGACUCGAAAACUGAACUGGCAGGCGAGCAAGCGAAAUUGGCUCUUGUUGCUAAUUACAAUAACGUUCAUCGCAGUCAAGUGAACGCGGCCAUAGUAGAAGCCCAGAGCGCCAUAGACCUGCUGCUGCAAGAGGAGACGAUACUGGAUCAGCAGAUACCUGAGGCCAUCAACGAGUUCGCCAAGUCAUGCACGCGGCAGGUGGUCGAGAGUGCAGCCCGCUCCGCGUUGGCCAUCAGAGAACAAAUCGACAACGAUAUCUCGUACCUGUUGGAGAGGACGCAGCAAGCGUUGGCACUGGACCGGCUUCUGUACUGCGCUCUCAGGCACGAGCUGCGCACUCUAGAGGAACUACUGCAGUUCACGUCGCAGUUGCGGCAGUACGUAGUCAGUGAGGAGGAAGCGGUCUGCAGUAGGAUCGAAUCAAUGAACAGUAUACGCGAGGAGCAGGACGCCUGUGAAAAUAAACUCCAGUCAUCAGACAUACUGCUUGAUACUCUUUGCAGUAUAUUGGGCGUACAGCCAACCACUGACCCACUGGUACUGGUAAAGGUGUACACUGAGCUACAGAGGCAUAUUAAAGAGAUAAAAGACAGCAUAGGCGAAUGUUUCACAAGGAAGGAGUCGGCGUUGAUCGAAUUUAAAACGUCAACGCAACAAAUGCGCGACUACAUCUGGGACGGGUGUACCAGACAGCCGAACAGUAGGGACGCUGUGGUCGCGUCGUUGGUGCACUCGCUCAAGCAGAAGAUGGAGAGUGUGGAUAAGAUGGUCAUUGAAGCAAGUGGUCUCUUCACAACGGUGAAGAAUGGAGACAAGAAUCACUUGAGGAAGCUAUGGCAGUGGUUCCUUGCAGAGCCAAAUAAAAUGCUGGUAACACUAGGAAUCUCGCAUAGCAGUUGAUUACUAACUUAUGUUACUAUUUGUAUUAAUUUAGAACUCGAAAUAAUUACCAAUAAAUUAUUAUUUCGACCAUCA